AUGGACGAGUCAUUCCGGCAUUUCACCAUCAACACAGCCAUAGAAGGCAAUGAGUCCAAUAAGCGACAAUUACAAUUCCCAGCAGAGAUUCUAUUAAAAGUAUUGGAGUUUCAAUUUUAUCAAUUAUUACAAAAUAAUACAUCUUCAAAUUCUUAUAAUAUUCAAUAUUUCAUGAGAUCUAACCUAACGGUAUCAAAGGUUUUCUAUAGAUGUUGCAUCAAGAUCAUUUAUAAAUAUUGUUGUUUUAAAACUCCACAAACUUUUGAUAUUUUUUUGAAUUCAUUAAUUAAAAAUGAUAAAUUAGGUGAAUAUGUUAAAGUGUUGGAUUUCCAAGAAUUUACAUCAAUUGGAUUAGGUCGUACUGGUAAAAUGAAUAAAGAAAUUCAAAUGGUUACUUCAACAACUAUAUUAAAUUGUUUGAAAAAAACUCCAAAUUUAAUUGAAUUUUUAGCAAGUGAAAAUAUUAAAGAUGAUUUAGAUUCAAAUUUAUUAAAUUAUUUAUUUAAUCAAAUGGGGAAUUUAAAAGCUAUUGACUUUUGUGGAUGUUCUGGUGAAGUAUUUGUCUCAAAUUUUGAUCAAUUAAUCAUUAAGAAACCUGGUAAUGAAUAUAUUACUGAUGUUUCAUUUCAUGAUUGUACAGAUUUACAUCCAUGGAUCCUAGAGAAAAUAAUUAUAAAUUUACCAAAUUUAAGAAAAUUAGAUCUAACUCAUACUCAAAUAACUUCCACAAUAUUGAAUUUAAUUCCCUAUACCGCACAAUUAACUCAUUUAUCAUUAUCAUAUUGUAUCCA